UGCACGUUUUGUAUCGUGCACUUUACGCGAUUCGCGUUGAUUGUAGCUUGGUAUUCAAAUUAUUUAACUUUAUAAUUGAUAAUUUCUUCAUUGUUACAGAGUAUAAAAUACUAGAGAAAAUAAUUUUAUAGACUACGUAUAUGUGUAUAAUGUUUGAUUGAGAAAAGUGUAAAAUUUAGAAUUUAUAUCGUCAACUAUGCAGAAAAAAGCCAGAAAGACAAGGCGUCAGCUGUUGGCAUCCAAGGCAGCAGUACAACAACAGUUAAUUAACAAGGCAAAUGCUUUGACAAAUCCUUUGGAAACUUUAGACAAAUUCCAUGAAUAUAUUACAACAGAUUAUACGAUAAAAUUGUCUUGUAUUAGAGCAAAAGAUGCACAGCCGGAAUGCCUUUCUUGGAUAUUUGACAUUAUGGAGAGAAACAUGAAAGAUAUGUAUGAACAGUCUACUUGGGGUUGGGACGCAGCUGAGAAACAAGCAGAACUAACAGAAGAAAUGGCUUGGUACUUAAUAGCAUCGUGUAAUGAUAAAUUUUUAGGCUUUUCACAUUUCCGAUUUGAUAUCGACAAUGGCGAUGUAGUAUUAUAUUGCUAUGAAUUACAAUUGGAAUCAGAGAUUAGACGUAAAGGUCUUGGCCGUUUUAUGAUGUCAGCUCUGGAAUCUAUGGCAUAUCAGAAUCAAAUGUUGAAAAUUGUUUUAACAGUUUUUAAACGCAAUCUGUCGGCGAUACAAUUCUUCUAUACGCUUGGAUUUAAGUUAGACAAUUCGAGUCCAACAUCAGCACACUUGGAUUAUAUAAUCUUGAGUAAACAAAAUUUACGUGGAUAAAAAGAAAAAAUAUGCUGGGUUUUUCUUUUAUAUUUUCUUCCUGAUUAAGACUGCGUUUUAUGAAACAAAAUCGGCAAUAUUUGAUGUGGACACAAAUUUAUAAUGGGCGA